AUGCGCAGAAAAACACUGAUUCCAAAACUCAAGCUCACACUCGAAUCUCGUGUUCACAGGCUGGGUACGCUGAAAGGUCUCCCCCGCCUUUUUCUCUUCCGAAGAGCUUUCUGUUUCUACUGGGGACUCAUAAUUUUACUAUUUAUUUACCUUAAAUGGAACUAUCCUCUGUAUCUGACAAGCAACGUCAAUCGGAACACUCUACGAGACUUUGGUAGGGACUGGUGCCGAAUGCGCAACGCGAGAAUAGACUGGAAACGAAUACGAGAACCCUGUGAACAAAACACAGUCUACGAAUACAGCUUGCCCGGAUGGAGCAAGGAAAAUAGAACGAAUGGGCGCUUCAGCUUUCUUGAUUUCAUGGACAUCCACCCUGCUGGUGAAUUUAGUAGGCUUAUGAUUCGUACCCAGACCGCCUAUGGGCUUAUUAAAUCAGUUGGCGGAGACUAUUGGCGAGUGUUCAUUUCAGGCCCUACUGGAUUUGCGCCAACGGUAAUUGAUCACGGAAAUGGCUCCUAUGAGAUCUUGUUUCUGAUUCUUCGCCCUGGAAAUUAUUGCGUAUCGGCUGUUCUGGAUCAUUCUAUAUGUGAAGGCAUGAAGGACCCUCCAGACUACUGGUUUAUCUCGGGUAAGAAAACAGUGUCAUAGUAACCAACUUACAAAGAGCGCCUUUAAAAGGCCAUGGUCACUCAAACUGCAUUGCGCCCUUGUCUUUAUUGUGAAAGGGUUCAGCCAGGGACGAAUUUAUUAUCAAAACAAUGUGACCGUAAAAUGAUCUAAUAGACAUCCGGAGCGUUUAUUUAACUUUAGGUGUCCAAGAAGGACGCGUUUAAUAGGUAGGAGGCGUUUAAGAGUUAACAAGCUCAAAAAAACUAAUACACUUUCGGCGAAAAGAUUAAGAGAGUUUAUAAAUAACAGAAUAUCCAAGGUCCAUCCAUUGGUACGAAUAGGCUGCCUAAAGAUCCAUCUCGCUCUAUUAAACCUCAAGUUUGAUGUCGGAAUCCUUGUUCGGAACCAUUUUGUUGUAAUCGUUAGCUUAUCCUUACUUUGAACCUGACAUUGAGCAAGAGGCAAUACGCAAACCCCCGCCAAUCAACCAAGAAACUGAAUGAAUUAAAUGAUUUUGCUCUCUUUCGCUGUUUAGGUUUUUAAAAGUAAUUGUCACGGUUGACGUCUAUUAGAAAGGGAGCGUUCACUAAAGAAGCGCGUCUGAUACAAUUAAACAUCGUGAUGGUGGUGGUGGUGGUGGUGGUAAGAGGGAGGGGGGGGGGCAUUUAUUAGACAAGAGACAUUCAUUUGUUAUGGAGCUUCAAUUAGGUCAUUUACGGUAAACUGUAGCCUCGCAUACUCAAGUACUAAGGUACCAACUGCAACUAUUGAAAACCGAUACUCGUAAAAUGUAGAGCAACGCUGACCUAUACAUAAAAGCCUACCCUCAAUUCUCGAGCGUACUCCAAACAUGGUCCUUUAUGUUUGCAGGAAAUACCCAUGGAAGCAACCAGCCUCAGGGCAUUCUGGGUGGAAAGCAAGUGUAUUUGAUGCAUCCCUUAGCGGGCGGAGAACCGUUGUGCUUUGAAGUGCCCGCGAGUCGCGGGCCAAUGAGAAGAGAUGGUACGAACUAUUCUUACUUGCCAGUUCUUUGAUUCCUACUGACUUGACUCAAAAGAAAAUGACCUAAAGCGUUGCUUGAAAGUUGUAAAUACUAAAAUAGGAGCCCAUGGGGAUAGUUAGAUAUUUUUACAGUCUCCUUUUUUCCCAGUUGUUUUCGGGAAAGACAGAAAGAAAGAGCGCCCUCUUGAUUUAAUCUGGUGAACGAUGGUGGCAGGGGAGCUGGAGUAUGCAUAUUGCCCAAGGGGUCGGGGACUGGAGACAUAUCUGGCCUCCCAGCCCUACCCACAAGGGCAAAUUGUACUACUCUCAGCUUUCGCUUAACCUAUAAAAACCAAGUUCAGCGACCCUUCGGACACGACAAUCACGCGUACAAACAGUGGGGUACGAACAGUCUUGGAGACACUGAAAUGAGGGUCCUUACGGCCUGUUAACUUCCUUUGCUGGGGCUUGAAUGUAAUUUACACAUAUAUUUUAUUUAAUGUACCUUUUUUUCAGAAGAAUUUUUAAGUUAUGGAUAUGGAAAUCCGUCCCACUGUGGUACUGACUGUAAGUUUUUAUCGGAUGGAUUUGGCUAUUGGAUGAAUGGCUCGUGGAUAGCGCAUGCUCCCGGUAAGGCUUUUUACCCGCGUAUAACUGAGUUUUUUUUUAAUCAGUAUUUUUGGAAGCAAGAGUACGUUUAAUUCGCUGUCUGUAAAUGUAAUUUUAUGCUCCAAGAUUUAGUGAAAAUGCACUUUAAGUUAUACAACAUUUCUCACCACCUGCCAAUCCUAACUAAUAUAGUAAUCUUCAAGCCUUGCACCACCUUAAGCGUCGUUUUCCCGCACAUGCUGUAAUUGGUAGGGGUUAGGUGUUUCAUGAUUCACCUGAAUGGACGAAUGCUUUGUCACGUCGUUACUACACUCACAAUGUAGAACCCUGAUUUCUUUACUUUUCGAUAAUUUAAAUCUUCUCAGGAGAUUUGAAGUUCAUUCCGCUGAUUGAGAAUUAGCGACAAGGCUACCUUUGGUUUAAGAAUAUAGGAAAUAUCAGCCUAGUUCCCAGGCGUUCUCGGCGCGGUCAAUCCUGGACUCUACCCUGAGCUGUGACGUCACCGAGAGGGACUUGCUGAGAUUGCUGAGAACGCGUUCUCUCGCCCGCUCUUUUCCCAGACUUCGCGCGGACAAGUGGGCAAGAGAGAACGCUUAGGUACUACGUUGAGGAAAUAUGAGAGGAAAUAGAAGAUAUUUGACUGAGUUUGCUGCUGAAUAGUUUGCGUCGGGUGACAAUUCACGAAUUCAUCAGGCCUCUCUAAAAAAGAUAACUUUAUAUUGUUUGUCCCACUUUCAAACUGAUACAUUAUUGUUUCUUUUCAGAUAACUUGUUCGAGCCUUCCCCGCGCAGAAGAGAAGGAAUACUGUGGAUUUACGGUGAUUCACUUGCUCUCAGAUUCUACGACUCCAUUUAUUACACGCCAUUAUGCACAGAAAUAUUCAAAGCCUGUAAUAUUACCUACAACUGGGUCUACAACAUGAACGAACCGGUAGAAAUUGAGAAAUAUAAGAGAAACUAUCGUGACUUUGAUCCUUGGCGAGUGUUAAACGAAAUCAGGGAUGUAAUAUAUCUUCCUCAAAUGGACGAAAAAAGUGUUAUCGUCCUAAACUGUGGAUUGCAUUACGUUUCUUCUUUAAAAUUUGCAGUUUAUCGCAAGCUGAUUGAUGACAUUAUCGCUAUGUUUAAAGAAACCUGGGUGAAUAAAUACGGUAAAGUGCAGCUCAAGUUUCGAGGGAAAUUGAUUUGGAAAACUACAACAGCCAUUCACAGGGAGAGGUUCCUGUAUCAUGAUCACCCGAGUCCGCGAUUCCUAACUCUUCAGGUAACGUUAUCAGCGGUUAAGAUAUAAAUCGCCUAAAGUAUGCUUCAUCCAUCCAUCCAUCCAUCCAUCCAUUCCUUCAUUUAGUCAGUCAGUCAGUCAGUCAGUCAGUCAGUCAGUGUCUAAUUGCCUUUUAACAAAACAUAAAAACGAUAAACCAAUAUGAGUUUGGUAGCAGGAUCUCUUAAAAAUAAUUUGGCCCUUAAAAAAAACAACGGCAAACUGUUCCCAACGGCAGAAAGAAGAAAAACCAAAAUCAAAGCAAAUUUAAAAUAGAAAGCCAAAAAUAUAAUUUUUGAAUUUUAUCCUGUAUGUUUUCUUCUUCGGGCCGUGAGGAACAGUUUGCCGUUGUUUCUUUCUGCGAACCAUUGUUAUUUACCGUCCACCAUAUCGCAAGUAAUAGUUCAUAUGCACGCCAAUUUCAAUAGAGGGUUUUGCUUCCUUUUGCUUUCUAUUUGCACACACCGUGGACCAACCAAUUUCUCGGCCAUGACAAUGGCAGACAAUUCACUACAAUCAAAAUAAGCUAAAAAUAACUGAGUCUAAAGAAAACAAAUCCAUCCACAGACUUGAUUUGUCUGGCUCAACAGGUCUAGGGGAGAGGGAGGGGGAGGGCAACUGCCCCUCCUGCCUUCCCGCUAGUUACGGCUCUGGAUUUUUAACUGAGUGAAUUAUUAUAAAGCGCUAUUCAUCAUCAUCAUUAUUAUUAUUGAUUGAGUGAAUAACUGACUGGCGGCUAGAUUAGGCAGUGAGUCAGUCUGUCAGUCAGCCGAAUAUCACCCAGUCAAUCAGUCUGUGAAACAAUCAGUCGGUUCAUCAGGUAGUUAUUCAUUCAGUCACUCAGUAAUCCAAUCUUACAGAAAGUGAUCAAGUUUUCCCUCUAGUCAGUCAAUCACUUGGCUAUCUGCCAGACUUUCUGUCAGUCAUUUAGUUGGUAAUGAAGUCAGUCGCCCAGUUAGUCCGACAGUUGGCCAGUCAGCCCGUUACUCAGACAAUAAGCAGACUGUCUGUCUGUUUGUCUGUCUACCUGUCUGUAUAGUCCUUUCGUCAUUGUCUUAAAAUGUUUCAGUUUUAAAAUAUUUCAUUUUUCCUUUUUAUUUAGCGCAUACAGCUGUACAACGCGUACGCCAUCUGGGCCAUGUGCAAAGCAGGAAUUGAGAUUCUCGAUGUUUUUCCGAUGAGUGCCUCGUAUCCCGAGGGAACAGAUGGCAGUUUAGACAAGUAUGAUGCGGUGCACUUCAAGAAAACAGUGUUUAAACCGGCAGAGCAGCUUCUCUAUGAAUACUUUAAUCCUCGCAGCAGCAAAACCACAAAUUGA